AUGGCGCUGCAGAUGUUGUUUGAACAAUAUUAUAGUAGUCCAUCUUGUAUUAAAUUUUCAAUGAAGACUCUGAUACACCUGAUGUUGCUUUAUUCCGGCUACUCCAAUUGUCGUGUUUCUGAGUGUGAUUGAAAAAUUGAAAGUUUACUGAGAAAAGUGUAAGAAAACAUUAUAGUAUAAAUUAACUUUUGUAUUCUUUGGUAAAUAUAACAUAAUUAGUGAAAGCUUAGAUGGUUUUUGACAUAUUAAAACGUACAUGGCUUAUGAUGUUACCGGAAAGUGGUUAAGUUCAGUUUUACUGUUUUAAUUCUUUUAUUAAUUCACAUUAUAUUGUAUCGCUGAUUUAUAUCAUGUUAAUUCACCUAUUCGAUUUAGAUCCAUAUAUAACUUAAACAACUCUUUACCGAAAAAUAUUUGACUUUUCUGAGAAUGUUAAUAUAUUGUAAUAAAUAUAUUUUUAGAAUAAUUUUGAAUGCUUUUAUUUUUAUGAUUAGACAUAAUAUGGUACGAGGUGGUCGAGGUGGAAUGAUUAGAGGAGGUAGAGGUGGUAUGGGACGUGGGAUGGGAUUUCCAAGGAAACAGUUCCUUCCACGUCAUCCGUUUGACUAUACAUUAUGUGAGGCUGCAUUCCCACGUGUUAAACCAGCACCAGACGAGUCAGACUUCCAAAUGGCACUUUUAAAAAAGAAUACAGACAUGUGUCCUACGCCGAAGGAACAAACUUCCAUUUUAAACUUAGUGACUAAACUACAGACUGUACUUGAUAAUUUAAUAGUUGCUCCAGGCAGUUUCGAAGCUUGUCAAUUGGAGGAAGUGAGACAAGUAGGUAGCUUUAAAAAGGGAACAAUGAUCAAGGGUCACAACGUAGCUGAUAUUGUUGUGAUUCUUAAAACAUUACCUACUAAGACGGCAGUAGAAGCACUAGGUACGAAAGUUAACAAUGACUUGAAGAGUGUAAAUCCCAAAGAAAUUUUUAGACUUACUCACACAGAGCGUGGCUUUGAUAUUGCUAAUAAUGAAGCUACAGUGCGAGUAUUGAUCACUACUCUACAUCAAAACUUGAGAAAAUUAGAGUCGGAUCAACAUUUAGAUGUAAAGAUAUGUCAAGGCCAUCUUGCUGCGAUUAGACAUUCUCGGUGGUUUGAAGAAAAUGCUCAUCAUUCCAGUAUAAAAGUUCUAAUAAGAUUACUUAGGGAUUUGAGAAGUAGAUUUGAAGGUCUAGAGCCAUUAUCUCCUUGGAUGUUAGAUUUAUUAGCUCACAAUGCUAUAAUGAAUAAUCCCAGUAGACAGGCACUUCCAAUAAAUCAAGCAUAUAAAAGAGUACUUCAGUUACUUGCUUCUGGACUUUUUCUUCCUGGAUCAGCUGAUCCAUGCGAGGGUGGCAAUAUACGUGUACAUACAGCUAUGACAUUGGAACAACAAGAUUUGGUAUGUCUCACAGCUCAGACAUUACUACGCGUAUUGGCUCAUGGAGGUUAUAGACCAUUGCUCGAGGGUACAAAUAAACUUGCUGUAGAGAUGAGUGUAUGGGCAGGUGGUGUAGUUGCUAGUCCCUUGGACAAAGCAUACGAACCACCUACAGAACAAGAACAACAAGAAGAUAUGGAAGAAAGCAAUGAAGAAAUGAUAACAGAGAGUGCUUAA